CCUUCACCCUUUCCUUCACCUUCUCCUUCCCUCUCUCCUUCCCUCUCUCCUCAGGUGGGCUUUGACAGCAUCGGGGGUCUGGCAGGUCACAUCUUGGCCCUGAAAGAGAUGGUUGUGUUCCCGCUGCUUUACCCAGAAGUCUUUGACAACUUCAAGAUCCAGCCUCCCAGAGGUUGCCUGUUUUACGGGCCCCCCGGGACGGGGAAGAUGCUGGUGGCCCGGGCGCUGGCCAGCGAGUGUAGCCACGGCAACAGGAAGGUGUCCUUCUUCAUAAGGAAGGGCGCCGACUGCCUCUGCAAGUGGGUGGGCGAGUCGGAGCGGCAGCUGCAGCUGCUGUUUGAGCAGGUAACCCACGUCCCACCCCCACCUGCCGAGGACCCCCCCCUGCUUAGUUUGACCACGUGUCCUACUCGUCCUCAGGCCCUUCAGAUGCGUCCCUCCAUCAUCUUCUUCGACGAGAUGGACGGGCUGGCUCCGGUCCGGUCCAGCAGACAGGACCAGAUUCACAGCUCCAUCGUGUCCACGCUUCUGGCUCUGAUGGACGGGUUGGACAGUCGGGGCGAGGUCGUCGUGAUCGGCGCGACCAACCGCCUGGACGCCAUCGACCCGGCGCUGCGACGGCCCGGGCGCUUCGACAGGGAGUUCCUGUUCGGCCUGCCCGACCGGGAGUCCCGUAAAGAGAUCCUGAAGAUCCACACGAGGCAGUGGAGGCCCGGCCCGUCGGACGACUUCCUGGAACAACUGGCCGAGAGAUGUGUCGGCUACUGCGGCGCCGACAUCAGGGGCGUGUGCACAGAGGCGGCGCUGUGCGCUCUGCGCCGCCGCUACCCGCAGAUCUACGGGACGUCCCACAAGCUCCUGUUGGACGUCUCCUCCAUCGCUGUCGGGGGACGCGACUUCCUGGCGGCCAUGGCGAAGACGCUGCCGGCCUCCCGCCGCUGCGCUGCCUCGCCCGCCUCUGCGCUGUCGGCCGUGGUGCGCCCCCUGCUGGGCGGAGCCCUGCGCCGCGCCCUGAAGGAGCUGCAGAAGCUGUUCCCUCACGCGGAGCAGGGCGUGAAGAGGAGGAGGGAGCCGGACGGGACCCCGGGUUUCCUUGACGACGGGCUGACGGAGGGAGACGACGCGGGCGCCUUCUCCAAAGCCUUCACCUCCAAAAGCCGCCCCUUCCUGCACUUCUCCAGGAGUGCAGCCAAACACCCGACGUCCCACCGUCCCAGGAUGCUCCUUGGCGGUCCUCCUGCUUCGGGUCAGACCUCCCACCUGGCUCCGGCCUUGCUGCACGCCCUGGAGCGCUUCCCCGUCCACAACCUGGACUCGGCGGUGCUGUUUGGGGUCAGCGGGACGAGCCCGGAGGAAGCCUGCGCCCAGGUGUUCUGUGAGGCCCGGCGGACGGCUCCCAGCAUCCUCUACCUGCCCCACAUGCAGCAGUGGUGGGAGGCCGCGGGGUCCUCGCUGAGGGCGUCCUUCCUCAGCCUGCUGGCCGCCGUCCCCUCCCUCUCCCCCAUCCUCCUCCUCGCCACCUGCAGUGACAACUACCAGGAGCUGGACCCAGAGAUUCAGGCUCUGUUUCGGGAGGAGUACGGGGAGGUUCACAUCGUCAGCGUUCCCACCCGGCAGGAGAGGAGCGACUUCUUCCAGGACCUCCUCCUGAACCAGGCGGCCGAGGCUCCGCCUUCCAAACCAGCCGUGGCCGAGGCCGUGGAGGUGCUUCCCCUGGCUCCCAUGCCCCGCCCCCGCCAGCUGCCGGAGCGGGAGCGCCUCCGCCUGGAGGAGCAAGAGGAGGACGUGCUGCGGGACCUCCGCCUCUUCCUGCGCUAUGUCACGGAGAGUUUGGCUCAGGACCGCCGCUUCAAGGCCUUCGCCAAGCCGGUGGACACAGAGGAGGUGCCGGACUACACUCUGGUGGUGAAGGCGCCGAUGGACCUCUCCACCUUGCUGACCAACAUCGACGAGCAGAAGUACGUCACGGUGGACGAGUUUGUGUGCGACGCCGACCUCAUCUGGAAGAACGCCUUGGAGUACAACCCGGACAGCGACCCCAUGGACCGUCACAUCCGUCACCGGGCGUGCGCCCUGAGGGACGCGCUGCGCUCCAUCAUCAGAGCCGAGCUGAACGAAGGCUUCCAGAGAGCCUGCGAGGAGAUCCGAGCCUCUCGGACGCAGAGAGCCUCCUCCUGCUGGACCAAACCCGAGGAGGACAGCAGAAGAGGGAGCGAAGCUCCACCAGAGAGAGAGACCAGUGCCAACAUGGCCGCCGCCAACAUGGCCGCCGCGGAGAGGAAGCAGCCGCCCAGCAGGAAGAGGCUCGACCGGGCCGCCCCCCCACUGCUGCUGGAUCAACACAAACUGAGGGACGUCCUCAAGCGGGCCGUGGAUGGAACGGAGGGCUUCGAGGUGGAGCCGCUGGAGAAGCUUCACGCUCUCCUGGCUCAGUGCAUCUACCGACACCGCAACGACCGCAACAAGAAGGAGCUCCUUCAGGAAAUGAAGGAAGAAAUCGCCAGCUUUGUUUCAUCUCCGGCUCCAGUUCUGUUUAAAUAAAUCCUCAUCAAACAAGAA